UAUGCGUGCAUCUCAUAUUUUAUUGCUCAUUGUUGCCAUCAAAGCAGUCAAAUUUUUAGACGAACCCACAGUAUUAUUAGAGGAUGAUGAAAAACCAUACAUGUAAUUCACAACCUUUGCCUAAUAAUCAUCAUUGUUUACAGAGGAAGAAUUGGCUAGAAACUCAGAACCUGCUAAACAAUAUGCAUCUGGAUUCAAUUAUGAAGAUGAAAAUUAAUCAUCUUUAAAUAAUGCUGAUUAAUCUUAAGUCUUUUUAGCUGCUUAAUAUGAAAAAGAUUUACCAGCUACUGGAGAUUGUGUUGUACUUUACUCUGCAUGCGAUUUCAAAGGCACAUCAGGAAAAGUAUGCAAAGCAGAGGAUGCUAUGAAUUUCUAAAUCCCAGUCUUUUCAAUCUAUGUUCCAAUUGGGUAACAUUAUCUAUUUUUAUUUAGAUAAUAAUUCACUACAUUAGAUUCUACUAACAAUGAAUAAGUAGCUUUCUUGACAAGUGAAAAAUGUUUAACUGAACCAUUAGUUAUGGCUGACACAUAAAAGGAUGUAUUCAUUGCAAAACCAUCAUAAUCAUUGGCUGGAUCUGAUAAUGCAUCAAGUAUUAAUAUCUAUUUUAAAUAAUAAGGUGAUGAUAUAACUGGACCAUAACCAUAAUUAAUAUAAGAAACAUAAGAAUAAUUUGAUGCACCUUAAAUUGAAGAAGAUUAAUAAGUUAACGUUGAAUAAGUAUAAGAAUAAGAAUAAGUAUAAGAAUAAGUUUAAUAAACAGAAUAAGUAUAAGAAUAAGUUUAAGAAUAAUAAUAAUAAGUAGAAGCUGAAGUUUAAUAAUAAGAAUAAUAAUAAGAAUAAUAAUAAGAAUAAUAAUAAUAAUAAGAAUAAUAAUAAGAAUAAUAAUAAUAAUCUGAAACUCCUUAAAUUCAAUAAAAUGAUACAUAAAAUUAAGAAUAAUAAGCUUCUGUAGAUGAUGUGCCUUAAACUGCUGAAGCUCUUGUUGGACAAACUUAAUGAGAC